AUGGCCCCAAAGCGCGUUCUUAUCUCGUAUGGCGUCGACGUCGAUGCUGUGGCCGGCUGGCUCGGCUCGUAUGGCGGCGAGGAUUCCACCAACGACAUCAGCCGUGGGGUCUGGGCAGGGACAGUAGGAACCAGGCGUCUGCUGAAAUUGUUCGACAAGUACAAAAUCAAAACCACCUGGUUCAUCCCGGGCCACUCGCUGGAGACUUUCCCCGAGGACAUGGCUGCCGUCCGAGACGCGGGUCAUGAAAUUGGGCUGCACGGAUACUCGCAUGAGAAUCCGACCGAUAUGAGCAUCGAGCAGCAGCGGGACGUACUCGACAAGACCUACCGCAUGCUGACCGAAUUUUCGGGCAAACCCCCGCGUGGGAGCGUAGCACCUUGGUGGGAAACGAGCCGUGAAGGUGCCCAGCUCCUCCUCGACUAUGGCAUCGAGUACGACCACAGCAUGAGCCACGAAGACUGCCAGGCCUAUUAUCUACGAACUGGCGACAGCUGGACUAAAGUCGACUACAGUAAAAAGGCGCACGAGUGGAUGAAGCCUCUCGAGCACGGCCCACAGACAGGACUUGUUGAAAUUCCUUCGAACUGGUACAUCGACGAUCUGCCGCCGAUGAUGUUCAUUAAGAAGGCACCCAAUAGCCACGGCUUCGCUAACCCGCGUGACAUCGAGGAUAUCUGGCGCGACCAUUUCGACUACUUCUAUCGCGAGUACGACGAGUUUAUCUUUCCUAUUACGAUCCAUCCGGAUGUAUCAGGACGGCCGCAUGUCCUUCUUAUGCAUGAACGCCUUAUUGAGCACUUUAUGAAGCAUGAAGGCGUUGAGUUUGUCACUAUGGAGCAGGUUUGCGAUGAGUUCAAGAAGAAGAACGCGCCGCCUGCCGGGGCAUUGAUGCCUGCGAAGGCGGGUGCGAUGUUGAAAUAA